UUCUGAUUUGAUGGCGUAGUAGGAACAUGCACGACUACUUCCUGUUUGAAGUUGUACGUUACAACAAAGAGGCAGGGUGGUUAUAUUUUAUAAAGUGUUUUUUUGUGUAAAAUAUAUAAUGGCAGAUACAACAGCACAGAAGUUUGUCUUACAGGUUCAAGAAUACAAAGAUUCUCUUAAAACUAAGGCCGAGCAACUGCUGUUAAAAGGAUUUCCCGAGAAGAUCGUUAAAUUAAACGAAUUAUUGGAGACACCUGGAUUUUGUAACAGAAAACUAUCGGAUGUCCAUCAAGAUUUAAACGUGCCUAUUCCAGAUCCAAUAAUUCUGAAUCAUUCCGAAGAUGUACCUCCUACAAAGAAAGUGAAAGUAGACAAUAGCAUAGACAAUACUAGUGGAACCAAAGUGAUGGUAUUAACAAAUGGACCCGUACUUUGUAACAAGCCUCUAUGCGAUCUGAUUUGCAUAGUUAAGCCCUAUAUUCGACAACUGCUGGAAGACUCUAACUUGUUGAAAAUGUGGGUUUCCUAUCUAAUUCCAAAAAUAGAAGAUGGAAAUAAUUUUGGAGUGUCUAUUCAAGAAGAUACGCUGGCUGAAAUACAAUCCGUUGAAAGCGAAGCUGCCGCAUUUUUCGAUCAAAUAUCUAGGUAUUUCAUCUCUAGAGGAAAGGUCAUCAGUAAAGUUGCAAAGUAUCCACACAUUAGCGACUAUAGAAGGGCAGUCCAAGAAUUAGAUGAGAAAGAGUAUGUGAGUUUGUGGUUAGUUAUGUGUGAAGUCCGUAAUCGUUAUUGUUCUCUACAUGACUUGGUAAUCAAGAAUUUGGAGAAGAUCAAAAAACCUCGUUCUUCUAAUACGCAAUCCUUGUAUUAAACUGCAGACUAUACAUACUAUUUAUACCUGAUAUUGUACAGGACGAUAAUGAAAAAAAAAACAACAAAAAGAAACCAAGAAAAACAUUCGCGACAUAAGAAAA